UUGUUUUGAGCACCCAAGGAUUCUCCCUCUCACCCCAUGCAUCUCUCCAGCUGACCUCUGACUCCUGACCUCUGGCCUCACCUACCCUACUCUGCUCUCCCUAAGAGGGUGAGAAGCCCUCAGGAGCUCUGCCRCUGUAGACGUGGGUGUCCUGACAGCAAAGGUGUGCAGGGGGCUCAGUCCUGAACCCCAACCUGGCCCACCAUGGCACGGAGGCUGCAGGAUAAGCUGGCUGCCUUUUUCUUCGAGUAUGACACCCCCCGAAUGGUGCUGGUGCGCAACAAGAAGGUGGGCAUUGUCUUCCGGCUGAUCCAGCUUGUGGUUUUUAUCUACGUCGUUGGGUGGGUAUUUGUGUACGAGAAGGGCUACCAGACCUCAGGGGGCCUUAUCAGCAGUGUGUCUGUGAAGCUCAAAGGCCUGGCCGUGACUGAGCUCCAGAGCAAACUCCAGGUCUGGGACCAGGCCGACUACGUCUUUCCAGCACAGGGGGACAACUCCUUCGUGGUCAUGACCAAUUUCAUCAUGACCCCCCAGCAGGCUCAAAACUACUGCGCAGAGAACCCCGAAGGGGGCACGUGUAAGAACAAUAGUGGCUGUACCCCUGGGAAGGCAAAGAGGAAGGCCCAAGGCAUCCGCACGGGCAAGUGUGUGGCCUUCAACAGCACUGUGCAGACGUGUGAGAUCUUUGGCUGGUGCCCCGUGGAGGUGGAUGACAACAUCCCAAGCCCUGCCCUUCUCCGAGAGGCCGAGAACUUCACCCUCUUCAUCAAGAACAGCAUCAGCUUUCCACGCUUCCAGGUCAAGAGGAACAACCUAGUGGAGGAGGUCAAUGCCAGCUACAUGAAGACCUGCCUCUACGAUAAGAAGCUGCACCCUCUGUGCCCUUUAUUCAACCUCAGCUACAUAGUGCAGGAGUCCGGCCAGGAUUUCAGUAGCCUGGCUGUCAAGGGUGGGGUUGUCGGCAUCACCAUCGACUGGGACUGUGACCUGGACUGGCACAUACGACACUGCAAACCCAUCUAUGAGUUCCAUGGCCUAUACGGGGAGAAAAAACUGUCUGAAGGCUUCAACUUCAGGUUUGCCAGGCACUAUGUAGAGAAUGGGACCAACCGCCGUCACCUCUUCAAGGUGUUUGGGAUUCGCUUUGACAUCCUAGUAGAUGGCAAGGCCAGGAAGUUUGACAUCAUCCCUACAAUGACCACCAUUGGCUCUGGGAUUGGCAUCUUCGGGGUGGCCACCGUUCUCUGUGAUCUGUUGCUACUUCACAUCCUGCCCAAGAGGCACUACUACAAGCAGAAGAAGUUCAAGUAUGCUGAGGAUAUGGGGCCAAAGGCGGGCGAGCAUGACCCAGCAGCCACCAGCUCCACCUUGGGCCUGCAGGAGAACAUGAGGACCUCCUGACCCUGAGCCCUUGACUCCUGACUG